AUGUAUGCUGGUGGAACCGAUACUACAUCCACAACUCUUGAAUGGACGAUGGCCGAGCUUAUAAGAAAUCCAAGAACCAUGAAAACAUUGCAAAAUGAAGUGAGAGAAGUAGUGAAAAACAAGGUAGAAGUGGAUGAGGAUGACUUAGAGAAAAUGCUUUAUUUAAAAGCAGUGACAAAUGAGAGUUUGAGGCUGCACCCACCGAUCCCAUUACUAGUUCCUCGUGAAUUAACUCAAGACACAAAAGUACUAGGCUACGACAUCAUAUCCGGCACACGUGUCUUGAUGAAUGCUUGGGCAAUUGCUAGGGAUUCAUUGUUAUGGGAAAAACCUGAACAAUUUUAUCAGGAGAGGUUCCUUGAGACGAACAUAGACUACAAAGGUUUGUAUUUCGAGCUGAUCCCGUUUGGGGCAGGUAGGAGGGGUUGUCCAGGUGUUACAUUCGCUACGACAGUCUAUGAGCUUGCUUUAGCAAAGUUAGUGCUUAACUUCAAUUUCGAAUUGCCUAAUGGAGCAAAGAUUGAACAGUUGGAUGUGAGUGAAUCUAGUGGACUCACAAUGCAUAAAAAGUUUCCUUUACUUGUAGUAGUUUCUCCUCAUACUUGUUAA